AUGUCGACUCUGACUCGCGCAUUUACAAAACGCAGUAAGCGACCGGAGGUGUCCGCACCUAUGCCGCAUCGCAACCAAGGCCAUAUGCGGUUCAACUCAGGCUCCAUCAACCGCAGCAACAUUUCCGGCCCCGUGCAGUUGAUCUCGACGACGAAUAUGUUGGCGUACGAUGCGCCCGAUAUUCAUCCUUCCGCCUCAUCAUCAUCAUCCUCGUUGCGCUCCGGGGACGAUUUCGACACGGGCUCUCCACUGAGCUAUUCCUCCUCCGUCACCACGCCUGACGUCUCGCCAAGUGAUCCUUUCCCCGUGGAUGCUCAUUCGGCGUCCUACUUCCCCAAGCGCUCGGCAACGGUGACGAGUUAUCCUCGUUCAUCCACCACGUCAUCCUCCUCCAACGAUGCUCCCUUGGUCCCUCAGCGCGCAUUGUCUCACACCAAGCGAUCGCAUCAGGAAUUGGCUCGCAAGCGCUCGCAACACAGGAUGUCGCCCCCGCCCUUGGCCGCUCCGCGCAGUAACCCGAUCAUGCGCGCAUCGCAGGAUGUCCUCUACGCGGACAACCAUCCCUUCAGUAAGGAGCUCGAGCAAGUGAAUGAGGUGGCCGAAGAAUUUGGUGCCACUCAUAUUAUGGACGAGGAGGAGCUUCUCCUGCAACGUAAGGGGCUGAAGAAGUUCACCGUGGAAGAUUACCUAUGUGAGAUUGAAAGUGUGUACGGCAGCGUCUUUGAUGAUUGUCCGGGCCCGGUCAGCGUUGGCGCUUGGCUGUGA